GGAAUUAUUGAAAUUUCAGAAAAAUGGGACGUGACAGGUCUACCAGUAGCUCGGACGACAACCGGAAACGAUCCAAGCGCUCCCGCCGAACCCGUAGCCGGUCUAGAGACCGUCGGCGGCGUCAUGACCGGUAUCGACGCCGCCGUCACUCUAGCAGUUCUGAUUCCUCUGGGUCUGAACGGCGGGGGCGGAAGGAGGUUGAAAGGUUGGCGGAGCAAGAACGGAAAAAGUUGAUGGAGGAGAAGAAGAUUGAAGAAGAAACUAACAAGAGAAUUGAAGAACAAGUUGCUAAACGAGUUGAGGAGGAACUGGAGAGGAGAAGAGAUGAGAUAGAAGCAGAGUGGGAUUCCACAUCGAGGAGUUCUGGCAAGGUGCUUCGUAGAGUAGAGGAAGCUAAAACUAUCAUGGAAGAGCAGAUGAUGCAGGAGCUGCAGAACAGAAAAGAGCAACAGUUAAGGGAAGCUGCAAGACGUGAGGAGGAGGAGGCGGCUCGCAGGUCCGACCUCGAAAGGAUAAUGGAGGAGAACCAGAGAAAGAUUGAGGAACAGCAGAAAAAAAUGGCUGAGGAGAGAUUAAAGAUGGUAGAAGAUCAGAUGAAGAUAGAACAGGAGAAGCAGAAGAUGAAGAAGAAGGAAGAGAAGAAGCAGAAGAAAGAACAAAUGCUAAUCUUGGGGAAAGGAGACGCCAGACCGAAGAUAGGAUUUAGUUUGAACUCAAGUGCUUGAAUAUUGAGCCCCCCCCCCCCCACUCCCAUAAAAUGUGUUCUGUCGCCACCUCUACUAUCCCUCUUUUAUCACCGACCUUCUUCGCUGACAAAUAGGUUCACAAAGGUUGCGAAUUAUUAAUUUGAAUUUUAUGACUUAAAACUUUUCCCCUUUACAUUUCAUCUUUAGAAUUCAUUUUUUUAGAAGAUUUUUUCCCGCUUAUUUUAUCUCUGAUAUUUAGAUUUUCAUCUUUUUUAGUUUUUGUAUUUUGAAGAUCGAAUUCAGGAGAUCGAAGCCGAGCACUUUGUCUUUUCAGAAAA